GGAGCGCGCUGGGUCUGGUGGCAGAGCGUCUGGCGCGGAGCGGUGUUUGCGCGUUAAUCCCGCCCCCGGAAUUCCCUGGAGAGGCUCGGAAUUCCUUCAGGGUGGGCGUGGGGCGGGCAGGGAGCCCGGGCCGGUGUCUGGUGGCAGGGGUACAGUCGGGUUUGAGUUCCCAGCCUGGUAUCCGAGUCACUGUGUCAGCCAGGGGCGUCCGAUUUCUACCGGAGGGAAUGAUGCUCCCUCUAUCUUUGAACCGCCACGGCUUUUAACCCUCUACUCUCGUUUCUCGGUGACUUUUACUGACCCCGAAAUCGAACCGAGCGCUGUCUGAGGGCUCUGCUGCCUGCAUGUUUUCCAGCACUGGUGGUGUGAAGAGGAAUCCCAACUUUUUCUGCAGUCGUCUUAGCGCUUUGUGACUCAGUGCUCCUAAUGUGCUGGACGUCACAGAUUAAAUCCUGCUUUUAUAGCUGGAAUGCACUUUGUACGUCUUUUUAUACCUGACCUGGAAAUGUUCAGCGAGUGAUUUUCUGUAGCAGCAAAAGAUGCGAAUGUUACUGUAAAUUAAAUACUCUGGUGGCUUCAUAGCUUACUGUUACAACUCCAAUUCAACAAAGCAACUAGGUUUAUUUUUGCAGAAGAACUGUGUAGGCUUCAAGUGUCUUGACUUGUUUUUUGGCUUUUCUUCCCUUAUUAAAUGCAGGCAGUGUCAGUACCAUUUUUUCACACAGUUUCUGAUUCRUAAACCACAAAUGAAACAUUCUUCUGAAAAGCCAAAAAUGGAGCCAGAAGUUGCCUUGACUCUCUUAUAUGAAUAUGCUGUCUUUAAAAUUGAAUUGUUUAGGAUUAUACCUGGAAAGACUGAGGCAUAGUCCUGCUGUCUUCCCCCUGUGGUAUUUGCCUGACAGGAUUUGUCAUCCUCCUAUUUUAUGUUUACUGGCACAUUGACUGGGAAACCUGAGGCCUCACCACAUAAUCCUUGCAUGUCUGGAGGUCCCUGAGGCUUGUGUUGUCCUUCUAAAUAUACCAAACCAGAACAGUUGUUCAUGAUUUCACGUUCAAUACUGUAGCUAAGUGACCAGAGGCAUAACCAGAAAGUGGACAAAUGUCAUGUUAAGAAAGCAAGGAUUCARCUGAAGCUUAGGGGUUUUUUUCUGUUCUCCCUCUUCCUCCCCUUCUUUUUGUUUUGUUUUUUGAUAGAAUGGAGCAGCUUUUUCCAAAGUCAGAGGAAGCCAGUCAAGCCAAGACAGCACUAGAUGGUGUAUUUGAUCGAUCCUUUGAUUCUGGGACUGGUUGAUAAAGACAUUGAGCAGAUCAGAAGCUCUCCUGAUGGCCCCAGCCCAGAAUGCAAGUACUUCUGUGCUCGAAGAGACUUCACUACAUUUGCACUACUGGACAAAACAUGGAAACAUGAAAUGGGCCUUUUUAGAACUGCUGAGAAGAUGGGGUUCCAAUGGCUAAAGAUUAUCAACAAGGACCCUCGCUUGGAUGGGAUGGAUGACCUGUCUGGCAUGGAAAUUCCCUUGCACUACAUAUUCAAACUGGCAUCCCAUGCCAUUCACCUGGUGGUCUUCUAUGAGAGGAGUGGCAAUUUCCUCUGGCAUGGACCCCUGAGACUCAAGCAACACAUGGACAGAAAGUUUGUGCCUUUCCGGAAACUCCACUUUGGUCGCUACCCUGGAGCUUAUGAAAAGCCAGAACUUCUGCCUGUUUCCAUUGAUGACUUAAAAGUUCAAAUUCCAAAAAAUCCGUCCGGUUUUCUAGAGGAGAUGUCCCACUCUAGAUUUCUUGAAUGUAGGUACAGAGAAGCUCGGGCUUUCUUUCAGCUGUAUCCUGAUGAUGCCUCUCUUGAUGCAGUGGAAUUUAGGAAGAAAGCAAAAUCCUUGCUUCAUCUGGCUGCACUGACACUGAAUAACUUGGGAGUAAAGUUCUGGCUGAGCAGUGGAACAUGUCUUGGCUGGUAUAGACAGUGCAAUAUCAUUCCUCACAGCAAAGAUGUGGAUUUAGGAAUCUUUAUAAGGGAUUACAAAGCAGAUAUCAUUCCAGCCUUCCAGAAAGCAGGGUUGCCACUGAAGCAUAAAUUUGGCAAGGUGGAAGACAGCUUGGAGCUUUCUUUCCAGGGAGAAGGUGAUGUGAAACUUGAUAUAUUUUUCUUCUAUGAAGAGGAUGACCACAUAUGGAAUGGAGGAACUCAGGCCAAGUCAGGCAAGAAAUUUAAGUAUCUCUUCCCCAAGUUCACUCUGUGCUGGACUGAAUUUGUGGAGCUCAAGGUGCAUGUGCCCUGUGAAACCCUGCAGUACGUGGAGGCCAACUAYGGCCCGGAGUGGAAGGUGCCUGUGAAGACGUGGGACUGGAAGAGCUCACCCUCCAAUGUGCAGGACAACGGUGUGUGGCCUGUGGAUGAGUGGGAUGAUGUCAUCCAAAUCUACUGACCCCUGGCUGCUGACAGAGCCUGUCCCCAGAACUGUCACACUGUGAUUUCUCAGAGCCCAAAGGCAUCAGCAUCAYUCUCUGUGUGUUUCCUGAGGAGACAUUUGCCUCCCUUUGCUUAACAGGUAUUUUCUUCACCUUGAUGAUGCUUUUUUUCCAAGUGGUUAAAGGAGAAGAUGAAAGGCAACUCGAGGGAAGGGAAGCUGAAAGAAAAGCUGCACAAAGGGAGUAGAGAGGAAAUAUUGCUGUGAACUUCUGGGCAGUUGACUGUUCAAAUGUAAACAGUGRCCAGGUGGUUUCGACACUCCUGGGAUCAUCAAAACCUUUGGACUGUUAAAUUCUCAAGCUUGASAGAGGGUUAGGAUGGGAAAAUCUCAGAGAAGUUCCUCUUUUUUCAAAGGAGAUGGUGUGACUGCUUAACUUCAGAACACCAGAGUGUAGAGUACCUCAAAUGUGCUUGUUUUGAGACUGAAACAUCCCCACAAUGUGCAACAGGUUGCUCUUGGGAGUGGAAUGUUUAUAUUGCACAAAACCCCUGUGACCACCUGCUUUACAUCUAGGAGGUGUCUGGUGAUGGGCAACACUAAGUUAAUGGAAGGAGAGACAAUCCACACUGGACAUUUUUUAAUCUGCUCUUUUCUUUAAGAAUGUGAAGAUGCAUGCUGCUGAGAUGGUUUUGUCAUGAAAUGAAAUAAAAUCCUUGUUUUAAUGUCCCAGUCCUUUUGUUCUCCCUGUAAAAGGUUUGACUGUAUUUCAGAAAAUAACAGCUAUCCCUGCUUUCCUGCAAGUAGACAGAAAUGGGGGUUAUUCAUAGUUUUCUGUUUCACAGAACAGAGGCCUCUCUCUAAGGGAAAGGAGAAAUGUGUACAAAUACCAACUGUUCGUCAAAUUUGCAGCAGCAAUCCUGCCAGUCCUCUCCGUUUCAGUUUCUCCUGCCACUGAAAGAGUGGAGUAAAUGAUUCAGCUUCUGGCAACAGCUUGUCAGGCUGGCUCUUCAGUUGGAUGGUAAAUUUCUUAGCCCUGCCUGGCUGAGAGAGAUGUAAAAUCCUGCUAACACCAUUCACUUGCUUGAGUAACCAUGACAUCAUAAGGGAUAAUUUCUCAGGUAGAUUAUUUUUUGUACGUUUUCCAUAAAAUGGGGGGAAAAAAGUGAAAUGUCCUUAUGGUUUUCAUGUUCAUAACUCUGUUGUCCUGAAUUCCUUGGUGUAAUAACACUCARUGAGCCUGUGAGUUUCUCAAAUGUGGUAUGUUUUCAAGAGUGAAAGAAAAGAUGUUCUCAGAAAAUUAUAAUCUGUCAAAUUUUUGACUUUGUAGAUGAAAAGACUAAUAGGAAAAAAUGCAUGUCCCUGAAAGGGAGGAUGUCUUGAACAGUUGAUUAUACCUGAAAGGUAUUCUUAAGGUUAAAAUGUUUUCUCUUCAGAAUAUACAAGUGUAUAUUUAACACUGAUUAAAAGGAGAAUCUAAUUUGCAACUCAAGAUGCUGUUUUAUCCUUUGUUUUGUCAUCUUGGGCAGCAUUUAACACACUUCAUUGCAGUUACCGUGACAUAAUGCACAGAAAAAACAUCCUGAAAUGUUUUUUACACUGCUUAUUGACUGCACAUCUUUGAGCUUUUAUUU